UCUACAGCUAUAGUGGGUGAUCAUCUCUCCUUCCUCUCUUUGUACGCCUCUUUGUUCCUCUGCGUCCUUCAUUUACAAUUUCGUUUACGUGGUUGGAUUAUACUGGACUUGUAUAUUGAAUAAAAAUGGCACCGUGUAUGGACACACAAAAAUGGAAAAGGUACGUUUUGUUAUUCCAGAUCAUCUUUUCCGUAUUGAACUCGGGAUUUGCUGUUACUCACUACUCUAUUCCCGAGGAAAUGGAGGUAGGAUCUGUUGUUGCAAAUUUAGCCGCUGAUCUUGAUUUGGAUGUACAGAGUCUGACAAAACGCAAGAUGCGCUUAGAUGUGAUAGCAAAUAAAAAAUAUCUGGAUAUAAAUAAAGAAACAGGAGAGCUGUUUAUCGUCGAAAGAAUAGACAGAGAAUAUCUCUGCCCUUCCAAAACGACAAAUUCUUGUUUUCUGAAGCUCGAUGCUACAAUCGAAAACCCAAUUAGAAUGUUUAACAUUGAAUUAGAAAUAUUAGAUAUCAACGACAAUGCACCCCACUUUCGACGAGAUGUCAUGCAUUUAGACAUUUCAGAAUCGACACCAGCCGGAGAGCGUUUCUCACUCAACAAUGCAGUGGACGCCGACAUUGGGUCUAAUUCAAUUAAGACUUACUAUCUUAGUGAAAGCGAGCAUUUUACUAUAGAAAUACAGUCUGGUAGAGAUGGGUCUAAACUAGCUGAUUUAGUGCUGAAAAAGGCAUUAGAUCGCGAAGAGAAAGCAGUUCAUAAUCUGAUCCUCACUGCUGUGGAUGGAGGAGUCCCCGCGCGCUCUGGUACAGCUAACAUUAUUGUCCAAGUGUUGGACACAAACGACAACGCCCCUCAAUUCGAUAAAGACAGUUAUACUGUGCAUUUAAGUGAAAAUUAUCCAAUAGAAAGUCUUGUUGUUAAGCUCAACGCAACAGAUUUAGAUGAAGGGCAAAAUUCUGAAAUAAUAUACACAUUUAGUUUAUAUACAUCUGAGAAAACACAAGAUACGUUUAAAUUGAAUUCAGAAACGGGUGAAAUUCGAGUUAAAGAGAUGAUUAAUUAUGAAGAUUUCAAAAUAUAUGAUAUGGAGAUAAUAGCCACCGAUAAAGGAUCUAAUAGUCUCUCUGGAAAAUGUAAACUAACCAUUUUGAUCACAGAUAUGAACGAUAAUCACCCUGAAAUUUCGAUUAGGUCAUUUCAGAGUCCAGUUAAAGAAGAUGUACCUGUAAAUACAGUAAUUGCAGUUGUUAGUGUGAGUGAUAAAGACUCAGGAGAAAAUGGACAGGUAGAUAUUCAUAUUUCUGAUGAUUUACCUUUUGCUCUCAAAGAAUCAUCUGAUAAUUAUUAUGAAUUAUUAAUUUCAGAACCGUUAGACCGUGAAAAGGUUGCAGAAUAUGACAUCACUCUUACCGUCACUGACAGGGGCAACCCGCCGUUAUCUGAUAAUGAAACUAUAACUUUAGAGCUACUGGACGUUAAUGACAAUGUUCCUCAGUUCCCGCAGACAUUCUACACGAUACCUGUUAUGGAGAAUAACGCGCCUGGAGCUUCACUGAGCUCUUUAACUGCUGUAGACCCAGAUCUACAUGAAAAUCAGUAUCUAGUUUAUUUUAUAAUAGAGAAGGAAAUAGUGAACACCUCCAUGUCCAUGCUGUUCUCCAUUAACCCAGAGAACGGUAAUCUUUACGCGCUAAAGACCUUUGACUAUGAGAUGGAGAAGGAGUUUCUUUUCCACAUCGAGGCCAGAGACUCUGGUGUUCCUCCGCUCAGCAGUAACGUGACCGUUCACAUUAUUAUCAUGGAUCAGAACGACAACACACCGCUUAUAGUGUCUCCAUGGCGCGCGCACGGCUCGGAGGUGAAGGAAAAGAUCCCGAGAUCCACAGAUAAAGGAACUCUGAUAGCCAAAGUCAUCGCCAUAGACUCUGACUCAGUGCACAACUCUCGAAUCACGUACCAGUUCCUCCAGAACACCGACGCCACGUUGUUCAGCUUGGAUCAAUACAACGGAGAGAUCCGGACCAUGAGAAUGUUCAGUUACAGAGACUCGCGAGACCAGCGGCUGGUGGUGAUCGCCAAAGACAACGGAGAGCCCGCGCUCUCUGCUACAGUCACCAUCAAACUGUCCACGGUGGAGACCGCCCUCAAAACCUAUACUGAGGUGCCUUUGGAAUAUGACAUCUUCUCAGAUCUAAACCUGUAUCUGGUGAUCGGCCUGGGCUCUGUCUCAUUUCUUUUACUCAUCACUAUACUGGUGACCAUCGUGCUGAAGUGUCAGAAAGCGAAGCCCAGCAAAGCGGCUCCUCCGUGCAGGAACAGUGUGAUCAGCGAGAGGAACUCGACCAUCGCGGAUUCCACUCUGGUCUCCAACGAUGCCUACUGGUACAGUUUAUUUCUAGCAGAGACGAGGAAAGGAAAGCUGGUGGUCAGACAGCCUGCGCCAAAGGGAGCGAGAUACAUCGUGUCCAGUUUACCGAGGAGCACAGGAGUGACCGAGACCAGCGACUCAGCCGCAUCUACUCUACAGGUAAGAUCACAUAUUAUAGCUUAUUUUUUAUACACUUUUUUCACAUGCAUUAUUACUUAUGAAGCACAAAUUCUGAGGUAA